GCACCCCUCCCCUCCUCUUCCCAACUCCAAGUCCCCGAAAUCCCUCUUCUUUCUCCUCUUUCCCCACUUUAAUUCCAGAUCUAAUCACGAAAAUGGCGGAAUCUUCCCUAAAAUCAACCCCAUCUCUGUUCCGCGCCUCCCCUUCCUUCCGCCUCCGCUCUUCCAGCCUCACCUCCGCCCGCCUCCGCCGGAUCUUCGACAUCUUCGACCGCAACGGCGACGACAUCAUCACCGCCGACGAGCUCUGCGAAGCCCUAGAUCGUCUCGGCCUCGGCGCCGAUCCUUCCGAGCUUCGACCCCUCGUCGCCUCCUUUCUCCACCCCGGUCAGUCCGGUCUCAACUUCGACGCCUUCCAUUCUUUCCAUCAAGCGCUCGGCGACGCCAUUUUCGGAGAUAGUGAUGGCGCCGACGCUGCGGAGGAAGCCGACAUGAGGGAGGCAUUCACGGUGUUUGAUGAGGAUGGAGACGGAUACAUCUCGGCCAUUGAGUUGCAGGCUGUGCUGGGCAAGCUUGGCUUGGUUGAGGGAAGGAGCAUAGACCGGGUUUAUGAGAUGAUUGGAUCGGUGGACCGGAAUCGUGAUGGACGGGUUGAUUACUUUGAAUUUAAGAAUAUGAUGAAGUCCGUCCCGGUGCAGAGCUCCUGAUGAAGAUCUACGGCUGUGAAGUUGUUUGAUUGAAUAAAUGAGCGUGGUCAAGAGCUUAACCGUAUAUUAUGGAAUUUAGGGCAAAUAUGACGCGCUAAAUGACGGUAUUGCAACCUCGUCUUCAAUUACUAAAUUAUUUGGGUCGCUAGUGGUGUCA